CAUCCGGGGCUGGUUUAUUCUAAUAACGAAACGUCCAACCCGGAAAAAAAAGUCUUCAGUAAUUCGAGCAUACAAACAAUCAGACAGGAGGGUAAGCGUGUGCUGCACGCGGGCCUCGUUAACGGAGGCAGUUUGUUGAAGUUGUUUCAACCUGAUCUGACAUGCUCGGUACUUAACAAACUCUCCGGCUCUCUACUCUCUGCUUCGUAGCCGCACGGGGCGCUGGCUGUGGCGCACACUGACUCUGCACAGCGGUGAUAUGUGAUAUAAGCAGCAUGCCAUACGUGGACCGGCUCAACCGUGUGUGCGGCUUCCUGGACAUCGAGGAGAAGGAGAACAGCUGCCGCUUCCAGAGGCGAUACUUUAUCCUGGACACGCAGGGAAAUGCAUUGCUGUGGUACAUGGACAACCCUCAGAACCUGCCCAGUGGAGCCAGCUUUGUUGGCAGCCUGACUACCUACAUCUCUAAGGUGAAUGAGGCUACAGCAAAGCAAAAGCCCAAGACCGAGUUCUGCUUUGUCAUCAAUGCAGUUUCCCGCCGCUACUUCCUCCAGGCUAAUGAUGUGACUGACAUGAAAGAAUGGGUGGGUGCUCUCAAUAAGGCCAGCUAGAUCACUGUUCCCAAGUCUGGCCCUGCCCCUCCAAGGUCUGAUGUGACAGCAGUAAUCAGCGACCCUCAGGGAGGGAGGAGACAGCAGGCCUAUAAGGCGGAGAUCAUCGGUGGAGUGGUUCACACGCCUAUCCAGAAUGAGAGUGAAGACACAGAGGGGAGAGAGAGGAAGGGCAUCAGGCCAGGCGUGCUGAGGUGUGGUUACUGUGUCAAACAGGGAAAUGUGAGAAAGAGCUGGAAGAGGAGGUUUUUCACUCUGGAUGACAAUGCAGUCAGUUACUACAAGUCUGAGACAGAUAAGGAGCCUCUCCGGGCUAUUCAACUGAGAGACAUUCAGAGGGUUCAUGAAUGCCUCGUCAAGUCAGGGGAACUUCUACUGAGAGACAACCUGUUUGAGAUCAUUACCAGCUCCAGAACCUUCUACAUUCAGACGGAUUCUCCAGAGGAGAUGCAUGGCUGGAAGGAUGUUGAAAUGAAGAUCCAGGACUUCAGAGGUCCCCAUAAAGUUUUUUCAUUCAAACGAGCGUCCUCUCUCUAUCGAAGUCACAACUCCUCAUCUCGAGGUCAUCAUGGCAACGAUCACAGACCUCCUCUGGUAAAGUCCUGCUCUGUGAACCCGGGCUGGCAGCCUUGGAUGCCCGUCCCACCUUGCGAGCCCUCCAUCCUGGAUGUAGACGAUGAAGACAGCCAGUUCAGCUCUGUGCCCACCUUGCCUUCUCUUUCCUCCUCUUCCACCUCUUCCUCCACCUCCUCCUCAUCUAACUCCCUCUCCAACCCAGCUCCUUGCCCCUAUGUGCCUCCUGCUGCUUCUUCCAGCGGACUGGGGAUCCUCACAGCAUCAGGGGAUGCGGCCUGCGGGCGCCGGAGGCAUCGCUCACAGCCUCAGCCUCACAGCAGCUUCCCUUUCAGCCUGGAUGAUGACGGCAUCCGCACCACUGACGUCUAAUUGGAUGAAGUCUUAAGUGUUGGUACGCACCUGCUUUGAAAUGAAUGUGACUGGUUGUGAUAGUAUUCCCUGAAAAUGAAGUCACACUGUGACCACCUGCGACGAGGCCCAGACGUGAGACUGGGGCCCUCUGCUGGUCAUGUAGCUGUAGUGCAGUCGAAGGAUGCACCCAGCUGGAAGGGGACCAAGAAGGGGCACAGUGUUAGUUUGUUGUUCACAGGACUGUGAGAAGUAUGAUGGAGUGUUUUUAAGUGCAACUUCCUCUGAAAACUUGAAUAAUCUUGUCGUUAAUUGUCCCUGCAUACAAAUUAUGGCACAUGCUUUUAAUCUUUUGCACUUGGCUCCAAUCAGAGAUGUUACUCUGUCAUCAAAAACAUGUACUUACUUCUGACAUUGAAACAAGUGUUUUAAGGCAUUUUAAACAAAUCAGUAUCCAUUAUUUUUAUAUUUAAGCUUAUGUUCACUUGGGUCUAUUAGUUUCUCUUAAGCCCAGCAGUUUUAUCCUCUCUUUUCUGAACAUACAUUAUUUGAAAAGCCUCACAUCAGCUAUACCUUCAUUUAUAAUUAACAAGCCUUUUAUUAGUAGCAUGCAAUCAGGUGUGUGGGGUAAAGGAUCCUGUUGGUCUCAUGAAAUAGGUACAUGCUGUCUGUUGUUGCAGACAGAGAAUGUAGAGUCAGCAGCAGGUCUUAUGUUUGAGCUUUUAACAUUUGCCUGAAGAUCAAUUGUCAGUAAACUGUGACUCCUCUUAUCUUUUUAACAAGGUACCAUAACAAUACAGCAGUGUUUCUAAUGGGUACUUUUUAUUAGAAUGUACUGCAUACAGUAAAGUACAGCUGAUCAGCUGGUUGACAGCUUUGUUAAUGUGAUUUUCCUUUUGCAGCAUUACGUGGGGAAAAUGUGCCACUACUUAUGGUAAUUUAAAUGUAAUUCAACAUUUUGCUUUUCUCCUUUUUACAACGUUUUUUUUUUUUGUUUUUUUUUGCAAAACAGCUUCUGAGUUGACACCUCGGAUACUUUGUCUUUACACCAUUAGUCUCCUCUCAGGUUCACCUCAAGGCUCCAUUGAUGUAGUACCAUGUUUAUCUCUGUUUCUGUUUGCUGAAGCUGUGUGCACUCUUCUGUCUGCAAACAAUGUAAAAUGUCUCUCUUGUAAAUUAAAUGCUGCUUUUUA